AUGAAUGGCCAGUCAUCUCCGUACAACAACAAGAAACGAUCAAGAGACAGUGAAAAUAAGCCAGAAAAGCCCUGUCUCUGCGGCGACAGUCAUUUCUGGGGCCAAUGCCCAUACAUCGAUACGGCACUCCAGCAACGAGGAUUUGUUGUAGACCCUGAAAAAGCCAAGAAGAUUGCUGAUUUUGAGGCCAAGGAUAAUUGUGGGAUACUAAACAAGAUUUGGGAAAAGAAUCGACGCUUCAAGAAAUCCAAGACUAGGGAUACCAACAAGCACAACAAAGCGACAGACUCUGAUUCGAUAGAAAUUGACGCAGGAGACCCACUAGCUGAACAAUCCCUACAGCACGAAGCAUAUGCCACGCUGGAUCCAGCCACCAAUAUUCAUAUCUGCAACAACCCUGCAGAGUUUGAGUGGAAAGCUCCAGCAGCUGACGACGACGUCGUACUCGCAGGAGGAACUAAGACGAAAAUUGAGGCAUGGGGUGAAGUCAAGCUGCCUCUAUCAACACCAAGUGGUAUCAAGAGAACUACGCUUAAGCGCGUGGCUCUGAUCCAAUCCUUCUUCACCAGCCUUGUCUCGCUAUCCCGCCUCUCCUCAUCAAAUAUCCACUUCGACUCAGGAAGAAAUGUCCUGUAUAGAGCUGUCAAAGAUGCUCGCGAGGAUGUUCUUCAUGUCCUCAUGGCACAUGCAGGCAGUGAUGCUAUCGAUCAUCUAGCAGAAAACGUCCAGGGCAUCCAGCAACCAUCUACAGGCUUUGCACCACGUACAAUCGACUGCGAAGCAUGCUCACAGAACAAAGCCCAUCAGAUCAUCUCUCGUCGUACGGGACAUGAGGUCGGUGCAUCUCGUCCGUUCGAGACAGUUGCAAUUGAUAUUAUCAAGCUCGACGUCAUAGGCUACAAUAGGCAUUGA